AAUGCCUCUGGAAGACGCUGAGCCAUGGUACUUCCAGCGCGUGUAUGCCAGAUACUGGAAGCACUACGACAUAGCCAUGCGCUGGAUGCGCAAGCACCAGAAAGCCUACAGCAAAGCCGUGGAGUCCUCGUGCCGCUUCCCGUGGCAGCCUCCGGCAGCGCCUCCGAGCAGCCGCUACUCCGACUGGGAUGGCAACGACCGCGCGCGGCCGCGCGGCCGCUCCGCCGGCGGCAACCCGUGUGGCAGAGCUCCGUGCCCUGGUGGGGCACGUGGGGAGGAUGCCGAGAGGGACUCGGCGACCGAGGAGGGCUCCGAGUCCGAAGAGGAGAUAGAGUGUGACCUGAGUAACAUGGAGAUCACGGAGGAGCUUCGCGAGUUUUUCGCGCAGACAGAGAGGCACCGGGAAGAGCUGCGGCAACAGCAGCAGCUGGAAGCCGAGUACCAGGAUGAGUAUGUGGAUGCUAGUCAUGACUUUCACAUGAAGACGGGGCGUUCCUUGCAGCCACCUACAGAAAGACCUGGGGAGAGGCAAAUGGCAGAAAUGAAGAAACUCUACGGCGACAGAGCUGCCGAAAUCCAUGCGAUGGAGACUGCCAUGCAGCUUGACUUUGAUAGGAACUGUGACAAAUAUCAGCCCAAAUACUGGCCCGUUAUUCCCCUCAAGCUGUGAGUACUUCAGCUGUGCUCUGACCUGACGCAGAGCUGUCUGUAGCAACGUGUGCCUC